AUGGAGCUUUCUACAGAAGAGAAAAUAGUGUAUCAGGCUUUCCACGCUAAAGCUGCGGAUCACUACGCAAACUUGCAAUCGCGAACUUCUCAACUACUCGUGCUAUCCUUGAACGCGAAAUUGGAACUUGGCGACUCGAACACGCAUGUGGCAACGUUGUACGGAUGGCGACAGGAAAAUAUUGCCGCCGAAUGGGUUUAUAUGGUGACGAAGGAAGAUACCGACUGCACCGUUCACUCCACGGAUGGCUUGAUGAAGUUCUCAGUUCAUGGCUCGCCACGGCUAAGACUGAUUUUUCAACAGCUCCUGGAUCGAAAGGUAUCUGAAGAGGUGGACAAAAACAGCGCAUGGUAUGCGGAGGUGGUUCUGCGUGCUGCUCUGGUUGACGCCCGAACGUUUCAUUCAGCUCUUGAGCCAAGCGAGCGUGAUACCCUGGUGAACGAGUUCAACGAUCCCCAAAGCACCAUACGAGUGCUUAUCACAACGGUCAUCCUGACAUCCCCCGGUCGUAGCUGGGCCCAAGAGGCCCAGGCAGCCGGGUGCGCUCUCCGUAUUACGUCCGAGUUUCCGUUGGCUGUGGUGCGAGUGGCUACUGCAAACUCACACGACCAGUUUAGGAACUCAAAGCAAGUUGAAAAGACCUGUCUCCAGCUCGCUAUCAAUAGACAGGACCUUGUAUUUCGAUCGAUCAUGCUCAAAGAUCUCAAAUCGGUCCAGUCAGAUGUCAACCUAUGCCAUGAGAGCCAGGAUGGGAAAGUACUCUUACAACGAAAAUCCGCCGCUGAAAAACAGAUAGAUCAAGAUCUUGCUCAGUACCUCAACGACAGGCAAUCCGAACGCUCGGAUGAGCGCUUAGCCCGGAAGGAGGCUAACACUCGCAAAAGACCAGUCUUCAACUACAUUUGCCCCGACGAUGAAGAGAAUGCCUUGGACGAUGAAUAUAUUGAUGCGGAACAGCCGAAUAAGGAUGACCAUAUUCAAGACGAUGCCAGUGAAGAUGAAAAGCCUUUGAUCUUCACGAUACGGAUGAGCUUGCUUUUGCACAACGCGAAGAGAUCGAACGAGGGCGAGACAUUGAGCGAGGGCACAAUGCGAAGACCUGGGAGCAGUUCACAGAAAGAACGCAGCCCAGCGACCAAGAACAUUACCAGAUGGCUCUUCUAA